UCGGAAUGCUUGAAAUGUCCAAUAUGCGCACCGAGAUGGGUACAGACACACCCUAAAUUGGCGCACUUAAGUUUCGUUUCCCAAAAAAUUCUAGGCACUGCAUUAUAUAACCCUGACCCAGUCUUUUCCCCUGCAGUCACUGAGGAACCAUGGGACUUCUUACCAUUAUUGCGGUCACAGCAGCAGGAGCAGGGGGAGCGGUGGUCUUGGCUCCACUUGCCCUAGGAUUUGUAGGGUUUACCGCCGCUGGCAUCGCCGCAAACUCUGUUGCAGCCGGCAUGAUGGCAUCGGCAGCCACUGCAGGUAGCGGUGGUGUGUUGACUGGAAGCACCGUUGCUGUUCUGCAGUCGGCAGGUGCAGCAGGGUUAGCUGGGUCUACAACCGCAGUUGGCUGGUGUUGGAGGAGCAGUGGGAUGGCUCACCGCUACAGCAGCUGCACUUAUCUGAUGAUCCAAUAUUGAUGAUUGAUAGCGGUCUUGGGACAGCUCUCUUGUCAAAGACAAUUUUAAUCACAAAGAUCA